AUGAUCAUGAUCGGGAUCGGGAUCUGGAUCGGGAUUAAAAGAUGCAGAGUUGCUGACCCUGCGGGUGAACCAGAAGCUCACGAUGCUGGGGACCUCCCAGGACCCGUCGGCGAUCCGGCAGUUCAGGGGCCCGUCGGAGCCUUCAUUGCACCCGGACACGAUGGUGUCCUUUACGGGGCUGUCCCACCAGAAGAGCUUGGUGCAGUUGCUGACCCUGCGGGUGAACCAGAAGCUCACGAUGCCGGGGACCUCCCAGGACCCGUCGGCGAUCCGGCAGUUCAGGGGCCCGCUGGAGCCUUCAUGGCACCCGGACACGAUGGUGUCCGUUACCGGGCUGUCCCACUAGACGAGCUUGGUGCAGUUGCUGACCCUGCGGGUGAACCAGAAGCUCACGAUGCCGGGGACCUCCCAGGACCCGUCGGCGAUCCGGCAGUUCAGGGGCCCGCUGGAGCCUUCAUGGCACCCGGACACGAUGGUGUCCGUUACCGGGCUGUCCCACUAGACGAGCUUGGUGCAGUUGCUGACCCUGAGGGUGAACCAGAAGCUCAGGAUGCCGGGGACCUCCCAGGACCCGUCGGCGAUCCGGCAGAUCAGGGGCCCGCUGGAGCCUUCAUGGCACCUGGACACGAUCAUGUCCCGCCAGACGAGCUUGGUGCAGUUGCUGACCCUGAGGGUGAACCAGAAGCUCACGAUGCCGGGGACCUCCCAGGACCCGUCGGCGAUCCGGCAGAUCAGGGGCCCGCUGGAGCCUUCAUGGCACCUGGACACGAUCAUGUCCCGCCAGACGAGCUUGGUGCAGGUGGGGAAGUCUCCAUUUUAAACAUCCUUUCCCCCGUGUAGUGUACUCUAUGAACAAUCUCAUAUUGAAUGAGUUGCAUGUUUGUGUUGGCGGAUAUAAAGGAGGUGUUUUUGCAGAUUUUGUAGGUCUUUUUAAAUCAGACAUGGAAAUGAUCUUGUAGAUUUGGGAUAGUAGUUUUUUUCUAGUUGUGAUGUUGAUCAGGUCUGAUAUGAGUGGGGGAAGAUGAUUUAAUGUUGAUUUUGGUAUGAACAGAGGAGGAAUUCUAAAAAGUGAUUCCACUAGGGUCUGGGCUGAAAAUGACCAAAAGGUUUCCAGUGAAAAUGAAAGUACAGUAAGUAAAGGUAUAAUAGGCCUACUUUUGUACAAAAAGUUGAUACUGCAAUGCCUUCGCAUGACUUCAAUUUACAGGAACAUUUGCAUACAAGUCACAUCUAAAAUGUGGCUAAAUUAUAGUCUUCGGUAUAAAACAAUGAUGAGAAACAUAUUUUGCUUUUGUGAAUUUCAUUUAUUUCACAUAGAUAUAAAAUAAUAUAAAAAUGAAUACAAAUUAAUGAUAUAUUAAAACAUAAAAAUGAAAAAACUGAUAUUUUACAAACCGUACACACCUGCUCUACUGAAGAAACAUCUUUAAUGCACUUUUUUUAAAGAUGCAUUUUAAUAGAUUCAUGAUGUGACUUUUAUGUAUGUUCCUGUAAAUUUAUAUCCUCUUUGAACCGAUCAAAAUAUACAUUACAGAACCAACAAGAUUUGUUGCACAUAACCAGCUCUAUUGCACAUUUUGCUGCUGUCCAGAUCUUCUUGUGGCCACACCGGGGAUUAAACCACCGACCUUGCGAGUCCCAGUCAUUUACCUUCACCACAACGCUACAGGCCGCCCAGUACAGUACAGUACCCAUAUAGAGUACUGUGCAAAAGUACAAAAAAAAUGCUGUCACGUAAGAAUGCUUUCAAAAAUAGAAAUGUUAAUAGUCGGUUCUUGAGCAGGUGAGGAUUGUCUCCUGCUUAGUCUAAUCAACUGUACGUCACUCUGGAUAAGGCCGUCUGCCAAAUGCCAUUCAUGUAAUGUAAUGUUGUACGUUGCUCUGGAUAAGGCCGUCUGCCAAAUGCCAUUCAUGUAAUGUAAUGCAUAUUUGUGUCACUGACUCAUUUCUGCCAUUUGACCAAUGUUUGGUUUCGUUCUUAAUUGUUUUUGUUUUCAUUUCCAUAAUGGAUUGUUUUAGACAUAUUGAGGCUGGAAUUAAACAAUUCAGCUAAAGUCCAUGAUUGUCCUCAUACUAUAAUUCAAAGAACACAGGUUCAAUAACACUGCUUCAAUACUGCUGAACACAUUUUCAGGGGGACUGGUCAUUCAUAUGCAAAAGGAACUGGUCAAGCCAGAAGGACGCAUUGUCUGGAUGCAUGCAAUCCCUCUGAGACAGGUCUAUGUACAUGUGCCUUCAGCAGAAUCUCUGAAAACAGAGAAAUAAGCAGAGCAAAGGCCAACGGAAGACUCAAGCAGCAUUAGACUCACAGCACGGAUGAACAAGUGCAAUGAUUUCUUGAUCAAAUCCAGAUCGCAGAAUGCAAAAGAAAAUGCAUGCUUAAAAUCUUUUAAUUUAUUUAUUUUUUGUCUUUUCAAAUACUGCAAGGAGUACAGAAAGGGAUUUAUUAGGAAGUAUUUUUUUCACACUGAGAGUGGUCACCGUGUAGAAUAGCUUACCAGGACAUGUAGUGGAGGCAGAAACACUGGAGGUUUUCAAGACCAGACUUGAUACGAUGCAAGAUAUUCUUUAGCGUUGAGGCAAACUUAGCAGUAGGCACACUUUAGUGGGAGGAAAAGGUUCUCAACAUUAUGUUGCGUUAUUGUGUUGUAAUGAUGUUGUGUGCUGCUUCACAAUUAAACCGGUGUCAUUCGGGGGGUUAUUUUGGAUGCCAACAUACAGUGUGCAUCCUUGAAUUGACAAAGCAUGCCUCUGGUCAUUUGAGCAUUCUCCUUAGUUGCUGACCCUGAGGGUGAACCAGAAGCUCAGGAUGCCGGGGACCUCCCAGGACCCGUCGGCGAUCCGGCAGAUCAGGGGCCCGCUGGAGCCUUCAUGGCACCUGGACACGAUCAUGUCCCGCCAGACGAGCUUGGUGCAGGUGACGAUUCACUACCAAGCGGGACCAGAGAGAACGCCAGAGAAACGUCGCCCAUGAUGAGCCGUAAGACCGCAGAACUAUGAGGACAGAACACAACCCCGUCAAGAUUUUGCCAAAAGAGGUACCUCUUAUCUACAACUAUGCCCUUGAUGAUAACAGGUCAUACAAAAGCGCACAUUCAUUUCAGACCAUGUGUACAUACACAGAACAAAAAACUCAUUGUCACGGACUCCCGCUGCGACGAGACUUACACCAUUACAGACAUGCAACACAAACGCCGCAACACAACACUCUUUACAUUUUUGCCGGCAUCUGUAACGGUAGUGGAAAAAACUACGAACAGCAAGUGCAUUUAAAAUGUUUAUUGAGGGUUUUACCGUUUAAAACUUGGCAGAAAUGUGACGAAUGAAGUUGCGUUUCAGGUUCACAAAGUGGAGGGAAUCUGGUGGGAUUCCUGGAGGGGGGUUAGGGGAAGCUACCACCUGUUUGUUGGUGUAAGGGGGGGAUUUUAACAGUACGAGUAUUUUUGUUUUAAUUUCUGAUUAGUACAACCUUUGCUGUUCUUGUGUUUAGUUGUUUAUUAUUGUCAUGGCCAUGUUUGUUAUGUUCUGUUUGAUCAUUUUCUGUUUUUUGUUGUUAAUUGAUUUUUUUUUCUUGGAAGGUGCCAGGUGGGAGGGGCUUUGCCCAUAUAGCUCGGGGCAUUUAGAGCUCUGGAAAGUUGAGUUGGCGGAUUGAAUUUUGUUGAGAUAUGUAUACUCAGUGACCACUUUAUGUAUAUUAUUUUGAAUAAUAUACCCUCUCUACGUGCACCUGGCGGUCGAGCUGCACGUUCACGCCUGUUUUCCGUUCUGGUUCCUCAGUGGUGGAAUGACUUGCCUACCACUGUCAGAACAGCAGAAUCCCUCCCCCUAUUUCGACGCAGACUCAAAACCCACCUUUUCAAACUCUACCUUAGUCCUCCCUCCUGAUUUCCCCUGCCCCUCCUUUCUGAUAUCCCUAUCCUAUCCUGAUAUCCCUAUCCCUAUCCUUGUCUAACCCCCCCUAUCCUUGUCUAAC